CUAGUUAAGAUUCAAUCUACAUGAUACGCCGAACAAAACUUGAAAAAAUGAAAGUCGACUUUUAUUUCAAAUGCCUGUCUGAUUGUCCACUGUGUGUCUAUAUGUUAAUUUCAUUCUAUUUCAUUCAAUUUAAUCAGGAACAACGAAAAGAACGAGCACGAGAAAUGAAAGAAGGAGAUAUGGAUGAAGUUCGUCUAGAAAAGCAUAUGAAUCAAGUGGAAAAAGAACAAUUUGAAGAUUAUGCGAAUAGAGUCAUUAAUUAUAUGGACGAAAAUGGAAGAAAUACCUAUCCAAUGAAAAAAGUUCUUAAUGAAGAAUUAAAGAAGUAUGAUCAGUUAAAUCAAGGAUAUUCUAGUGUUGGUAACGGCAACAAUAAUAGCAAACCUGGUCAAUCACAGCAACAGAUGAACCGAAAUAUAACAGACACGAAGAAAAAUUUAGGUUUUGGUUGGGAAGUUCCAAAAUGA